UGCUGGAAAAAAAAGGGAAAAAAAAAAAAUAGAAGAAGAAGUGGUGGCGCAACACAGUUAAGCUAACACAGACAGUAGGUGUAGUUCAUGACAGCUGCCCCAUCCAUAAUAACGCUACAACUUAGCUCCUUUUACUGUUCAUCCUCGUUUUCUUAUGACAUCCUUCAAACCCGGCGGGAGCAUCGCACUAUGUUCGAGACGCUGAUUAUUGAGCACAAGUGUCUUCAUGUGUUAAUAGGAUCCUGAACUCCAAGAUCCAUUGUCACUGAGUCUAAAUGAAAAUUAUGAUGACCAGAAUUUGCCGCAUCACGAUCCAAAAAAAGCACCAGCGAGUCCCGACUAUAAUUGUGAGACACCAGAGAUUCGAGUAAUCAUCAAAGAGGAAGAGGACGGCUGGACUAUGAGAGCCUCGGCUCAGAGGGAGAAAAAGAGGAUACUUCUGCACAUACCUGUUAUCCCCACCUCAAAGCAUGUGGGAAAGAGAGCUCCGUUUCAUAUGAAGUGAAGAGACAGCAGAGAGUUACAUCGGUGGAGAAAUGUUCGGAGGAGCCCGGUUGCCCCACUCUCUAUGGCCAGAGCUCCUCUUCCAGAGAGGGGCGGCAGAGACACAUGCUCGUUGACUGUGAUGAGAAACCUAAGAUUUCCUGUGUUUACGAGAAGGCGCCGGGAAAUGUGACUGUGGAUCAGUGCAAUAAUACAGGAGAGAAAUCUCUCUCCUGCCCAGUGCGUGAGACGCCCACUGGUCACAAAAGGAACUUGAAUUCCCAUCAGACAGCACAUGCUGAGGAUGGAUGUUAUGCUCCAGACCAGAGUCUUGACGUAAAACAAAGCACAUCUUUGCCAACAGAAGCAGAACUACAUGAGACCAAAAGAUCAGCACCUUGCCAAACAGAUUCCCCUGAACGUAAGCCCUUGAUGUCACAUGGACUCAAGAUGGCAUCUGCACACCUAGAGGACCAAACCCUCCAUUUGACUGUUAGAUUGCAGGCGGGGGAGGAGGAGGAGGAGGAAGAGGAGGAGCAAGAUGAAGAAAUAGGCGGAUUAAUCAACUCCGAUGGAGAAGUGGUUGAGUGGGAUGCCAGAGACAGUCCUGACCAAGGCUCUGAUUGCACAGGAAGUCCUCAGCCUAGCAAGGGUGUCGCACUGUCCGAGUCUCAGCCGCAAAGCCAAAACCAGAGAGACAGCAGUAGUCCAACGCUCAUCAUGGAAGUUGUGUCUGUGGGAGAAGAUGAAGAAAGGGAAGAAGGGGAGGAAAAAGAGAGAGUAGUAAAGAUGACAACAGUUUCACCCUUGUACCAUGCAGGGAAGAGACACAGAGGAAAGAAGAAGGUUCCAGAAAUAACAGUGGCAUCACUGGAUGUCUCAGAGGCAGAGAAGGAAGUUCCUGCAAAUCCUGUAAAGAGAAGGGGCAGAAGAAAGAUUUCAGAAACUCCGCUGUUAUCUGGAGAAGACUUGGAGGCAGAGCCUGGAAUAUCAAGGCGUACCCGAAGAAAGAGAAAUCUCCCUGUCAUAGUGGAAUCAGAAGAAGUAAACUCAAAAAGUGUCCGCCGUGUCGCUGCAAAGCGGCCUUAUAGAAGAAGGAAAGAUACCAAACCACCUGCUGAAGGAGAAGGAGAAAACACUGCUGUGUCAGCUGGGAAGAAGCGCUCUGGCAGAAAGAUGAUUCGUGUACCAACAGAAAUACCUCCUGAGCUCCUGAAGAAGCCCAAAGAGAAGAUCGAGUACCAUUGCUCAGUGUGUGGCAAAGAAUUUCCUCAUGCCUAUAAACUAGAGAGGCAUGAGCUGAUCCACACAGGAGAGAAACCUUACUGCUGCUCCAUCUGUGGUCGAGGUUUUAACCAGAAGGGAAAUCUCAAAACGCACUACAAAGUCCAUUUAGGUCGUAAGGGUGUUGCAGACUUUGACGAUGAGGUGAAUCCCAUAGCGUCUGAACUCUCCGAAUACUUGAAGUCUCUGCCAGGGGAGUCCAGGAUCAGAUCGUCCCUCCGUUGCCUGGAAUGUGGAAAAGACUGUGAGAGUCAGUCUGCUUUACAAGCACAUCACAUUACUACACACACACCGACAGCUGCUAAAUCGGACACAGUGGAGCACAGCACAUCACAGCUUCUCUUCUGCCGUCGCUGUGGCAUUCAGUUCAGUGAAAAAGAAAAGUUGGAAGAACACAUGAAAACCCAUAUCAAGGAGAAGCCCUACUCGUGUCCCGACUGCGGCAAGAAGUUCAUCAACGAGAGCUACAUACAAAUCCACCAGCGCAUUCACACUGGGGAGAGACCGUUCCUUUGCUCCCAGUGCGGCAGAGGUUUCCACACGGCUUCGUCUCUCAAGCUUCAUGAGAUGCAGCACUCCGGAGAAAGGCCGUUCGCGUGUUCCAUCUGUGGGAAGACAUUUCGGAUAAACUCGUACCUAACAGCACAUUACCAGACCCACAUUAAAGACAGGCCUUUCAUUUGUAGCGUCUGUGGGAAAGGCUACUCUAGAGCUGAGGAACUGAAGGUGCACCACAGGCUCCACACCGGAGAGAGACCCUACGAGUGCGGAGAGUGCGGGAAGAGCUUCAUUUACCGCCAGGGUCUGCGGCAGCAUCAGCGCACACAUGCUGGAAGACGCAUCGGGCCAACCAGACAGCUCGGUAGGCCAAAGCAACAGGCCAGGCUGGACAUCUAACAGUUGCUCUAAUGAUGCAUUUUUUGUCGUUAACUGUGUGUUGGAAAAUAUUGCAGUAAAAUGCGCUUCUCUCGUGUUCUUCUUCCUUCCAUUCCUCCCACCUAAAGCAUAGACAAUUCCUGUGUCUUAAAAUAUGCGCUACAGAGUCGGUGUGGACUGCCAAGAAUCAUUUGGAAGCUUACUGUGUUGUCUUUCCUGUAUUCAUGUUUUGUACUCAUGUUUUUAUGUUUACUCCAGUAGCCCAUCUGUACAAUUUGAGUGCCUUUGUAUCCUGCAUGCCAAAUACUAAUACUCAAUGUUUAAAAAAUUAUGCACAAUAUCCUUGUUAUUUUAAAAUCCAUGUUGAUGGAAUACAGAAAUUUUUCAGAAACA